GCGUCCUUUUGAAGACAUACUACACUUUUUUGGUCGCUAAAUUUAUCCAAGAUCGACAGCGAAGCCGUAUUGGUCGCCCACCAAGAGCGACAUCAUCAAGGUCCGAUAUCGAGGUCUGAAGAAGGGUUAGUUUUAUUCCCGUUAUCUCCCAGAUUCAACUAGACUAGGCUAACUACGAUAGUACCUGGGGCCUGCUGUAUGGUUUUCUAACAUGAGUGAUGAUAACAAAGGACCACUGGUAAUCUCUGCAAAAGAGAAAACACCUAAACGAGUCACCCCAGGAAAACCUAGAAAAGGUGGAACAGUGAUUGGUCAGGUCCCAGAUGACCUCAGGAACGAUCCAUUACUCCAAGAUGCCAUGAAGAGUCUUCCCCAAAAUUAUAAUUUUGAAAUCCCAAAGACGAUAUGGCGGGCAAGGUCUAUUGGUGCGAAAAGAGUUGCUCUUCAGUUUCCAGAAGGCCUGCUUCUAUUUGCUUGCACAAUUGCAGAUAUCAUUGAGAGGUUUACCGAUGCAGACACAUUGAUCAUGGGUGAUGUGACCUAUGGGGCAUGUUGUGUGGAUGACUUCACAGCUAGAGCCCUCGGGGCAGACCUCAUGGUUCAUUAUGGACAUAGCUGCUUGGUUCCGAUCAACAUCACAUCAGAUAUCAACAUGCUGUACGUCUUUGUGGAUAUCCAGAUUGAUACAGCUCACUUCAUAGACACAAUCAGACACAACUUCGAUCCUGGGUCAGCUAUAGCUCUCGUCAGUACUAUCCAGUUCAUUGGAGCCUUGCAUGCUUCUGCAGGAGAGUUGAAGUCAGACUACACUGUGGUACUACCUCAAGCUAAACCUCUCUCAAAAGGAGAAAUAUUAGGCUGCACGGCACCUCAACUCAGUCAAGUUGAUCACAUUGUUUAUUUAGGAGAUGGUAGAUUUCAUCUGGAAUCCAUCAUGAUAGCUAAUCCAUCCAUCGAAGCUUACAAGUAUGACCCAUACAGCAAAGAAUUCACCAGGGAGUAUUACGAGACGGAGCGAAUGCAUGGUUUACGUCAAGAAGCAAUUGAGAAGGCCAGACAUGGCAAGAAGAUUGGUCUCAUCUUGGGUACCCUGGGAAGACAGGGCUCUCCUAAAGUUCUUGAGAGUCUGAAGGAACAAGUGACAAAGGCAGGGAAGGAGUAUGUUGUUGUUCUUCUGUCUGAAAUCUUCCCUCAAAAGUUAGAAUUGUUUGCUGACAUUGAUGCCUGGGUGCAGAUUGCUUGUCCACGUCUGUCCAUCGACUGGGGAUAUGCCUUCCCUAAGCCCUUACUAUCACCAUAUGAGGCUGCUGUAGCCUUCAAGUCCACUGAAUGGCAAUCACGUUACCCUAUGGAUUUUUAUGCUAACGAUAGCCUGGGUCCAUGGACGCCUAACAACCAAGCUCAUCGACCUACAAGACAUACUAGGAAAUCAAAAAUUGCAAAAGAUAAAAGUGAAACCUCAAAGGACAUUCUGAAAACUGAGGGCGCAACAUCAGUUUCUCCUCAGCUAGAUGAGACAAAUAGAUGAUAGUGCAAGUCGUUAAGAAAAUUGAGUGCUAGAAGACUGUCAAACAUCAGGGUACAAAUCAGUGGAGAGUGGUGAAUUCAUGACAUACUAUCAACUCAUGAGGGUGCCUUGAUUAAUUCAACAAAUCUUUGAAAAAUCAUAUCUCUUGACUGAGUAUUCAGUCUUAUUGAAAUUUUGCACUGAGGAUUAUUGCAUUUUAAUCAUUUUCUCAUCAUUUGGAUUACAGAGUGAUUGAACAUUGUUUGAUGAGAAGAGAAUUAAAGAUCAGUGAAACUAUAACUUGGAUAAUUUUAUCAUUGGCACCUCUUGUGGAGUUACUGAGCUACCACAGAAAUCUUCAGUCCUCGACUUCAAGUAGCCACCUCUGUAACUAGCCUCCUCCUCCUCACCUUCCUUAUAGUGGUACCCAUUCCCACUAUAAUAGGUCCUAAUUAUUUGUUAUGGUAUCCAUAGCAUUUAUUGUCAUCAGUUCUACAAAGGAGAAACUAAGAAUCGGUUUGGUGACCGUUUGACUGAGUAUUUUAGAUCCAUAUGACUCAACAUGGACUGGAUAACUUGUUUUUUAGCACCUUUAAUUUUCACAAUAAUUAUUUUGAGAACUUUGAAAAUGUGCGCAGUCUGCAGCCCACCCAAUACCAAUAAUAUACACAAGCAGGAAGGUAAACAUUAAUUUUCAACUUGGUUGCCUCCAACCAAUAGGGAUAAAUGUUUCACGCACAUUUCCUAUCACAUAAUUUUAUUUCCUUUUCUUUUAUUUUGCUUCCUAUUGUUUUGUUUUCUACUUUCUUCCUCUUUCUUCUUUAUAGUCUUUAUCCUCUGUUUUCCCUUUUCUCUGUUUUUGUUGUUGUCCUAAUGGCUUUUCUUCAUUUCUCAUACUAUCCCUUCUCCACUCUUAUUUUUUAUUAUUAUUUUUUUUAUAUUCUCUUAUUUUCUUUAUUUAUCAUAAUUCAUUUACUUGAUUUUUCCUCCUUUUUAAUUUUUCAAUUUUUUACCCUUUUUCUCACCCCUUUCCUAUUCUGUUGUUGCCCUCUCUUUCCUCAGUAUAUUUUUCUGAUAUAUUGUUGCUACAUCACCAUUUGGCAUGCUUUGCUUUUUGUUGUGAUCUGUUGACUUUAAUAAAUGUCAUUCCUUGAUAAAGGGCUAUAGUUGAAAUAUCAUACAUUUUUUUUGCAUAUUGAGUUUCCUUAUACAAAUAAAUAAAUAAAUAUAUCUUAA